AUGGGGCCACCAGUGUUCCGAUUGGGCGAAAAGGGCUGGCUUUCCAGAGGGAUGAGACUACAUGCCUCUCGCCGCGAAGCGCUGAUCAAAGUAGACGAUGGCGGCUACUCGCUUGGACAGGUGAUGAAGUUCGCCGCGCACAGAAACCCAAGAACUCUUGUUGGCCACUAUCUGGACAACACAAGUAGCGUGGACGGUGCCGCCGUCUUCCUCGGGCUGGAACCACGGCGGGACCUUACAGAGGACUUUCGCAGUGCGUCAAUGAAGAGACAUCCCUAUCUCCCGCAGUCAAUUCCCAGCAAAAGUUUGGAUGAACUAAAGCACCGCCCGAAAUUUGUCGCCCUUUGCGAACAAAUUGAGAACCUCUCUCUUCAACUCACCGCUGAGAUCACCGAAGAAGAGCGCAAAGAACUGAAGGCCAAGAGACGCCAGGUUUAUGAUCGGCGACAGCUGCUGGUGGACGAAGAGUUGGAGAACUACCGCAAAUUUGAGCGGCGAGUCCAGACCACUCAAAGUGGGGCAGAUGACCACGGGGACUGGCGUCGCAGUUAUUUCAAUCGUGUCGUCCGCCACAUGGUUCCUGAACGUGACGGCCUGACCCGAACUCUACCGCUCGCUGUCCCUCUGCGAAGUCCAGAAGGGAUCUCUGCCCUACGAGACCUUGUGCUCUCCGGGCAAACGAUUCUCGCGUUACUGCCCAUGGGAGAUUACUGUCCAGUACCUUCCUACAACCGGAACAUCAAAGAUGUUGGCGUCAAAGACAGGUAG